AUGGUUGUCCACAUGCAAAUGUUUCAAACUGGCAUUGCACUGACUGCAACCAAAAGAUUUCUCAUUUUGUAUGAAAAUGAUUUCCUCGAGGAUUUUUUGGCAUCAUACUUAAACAGAUCAUAAGAUUUAGAUAAUGGAAAGAACAAUAGAAACAUAGAUAGCAUUUAGGUUGAUAUUUAGAGUAAUUAGCAAUCUGAUAAGAAUAUAUAAUCAGCGAACGGCUCAAAAGGUCCUGAAAUAAUCUAUCAAGCUUAUGAGCCAACUAACUCUACUGAAUUAAGAGAAUACAUGCAAUUUUUAAUCUGUAAAAAGAUUAAGAAAUUAAAUAAAAAGUAAGUGAAGCAUUAUCUAGGUUCAGGUUAAAUCAAAGGAAUUUCAAAUAAACUGAUAAAUUAUCUUACUGAUUCAGAUAGUAAUAGGAGAAAGCUCUUAUAAAAAUACAACAAUGACAUACUUAUUUUUGAUUCAGUAUUUGAGUCAGGUAAUCUUCUUCAAGCAGAGAUGACAAGUCAAUCAGAAUAUCAAUUAUAUAUGCAAGUGGAUACAAACACCAGAGGUCAUUAGUAAUGGUUUUAUUUCAGAGUAAGGAAUACCAGAGCUAAUAGAAAAUACUGUUUUAAAAUCAUGAACUUUACAAAACCUGGGCUAGUCAAACAGCAAACACAAAAUGUUAACAAUUAAAACAACAAUAAUACUGACUAAAUGCAAUAACAGCAAUUAAAUACUGGGAUUGGAGGUGUUAUUAAUUUAAAUACAGGAGGAAAUUAUGGAGGGUUCCUGAAUAACUAGAGGAAAUAAGAUCAUUUACAGAGAAUUCAUUAUAGGACUAAAAAUGAUGAAGAUUGGAAGUAAAUUGACAGUGAUCAAUUGGAAUUUAUAAAAACUAACGUCUAGAGGAAAAGAAAAGAUAUUUUAGCAGCAGCCGCUGAUAGUGACUAAGAAGACUAACCAGAAGAUUAAUUAGAAGAGGUUGCUGGUUAAAACAUCAAUAGUAACAAAUUCUUAAAUAAAAAGACGAAUAAAAAAAGAAAGCCUUAGUAUUAUUAUGCAUUGAAAUUCGAAUUUCAAUUUGAGAACGACAACGAUUCAAUAAAGCUUUUAGAACAAAAUAACAAUUAAGAGACAGAAAGAACUAAAGCAAUGGUAGGUGGUUCUAGAAUCAAGAAGGAUCUCAACUACAUGAACUAUUAAGUUGAAAUUCCAAUAAUAACUUCAAGAGUCCAUGCUGCGGAGACUCCAGGAAGUCAUGUCUUUCAUGGAUUAUACUAAUUUUUGACUUCAAAUUCAAGUGAAGCUAAAUAUCUAAGAAAAUUUUACACUUUUGUACUUGUACCAACAUUGAACCCUGAUGGGAUAGUAUGUGGAAACUAUCGAAGUUCAGUAGCUGGAGUUGAUUUGAAUAGACAAUGGAUUAUGCCAGAUCAUGAGUUUCAACCAGAAAUAUUUGCAAUUAAAAACUGUAUGAAGAAUAUGUAUGAGAUUGAAAAGAGAAAACUUUGGAUUUAUUGUGAUUUGCAUGGACAUAGUAAAAAGAAAAAUAGCUUUUUCUAUGGCUGUAAUACAGCUGCAAACGGAGGAUUUUUAAGCUGGACUAUUGUUAGACUCUUACCAAGAAUUUUUGCAAAGAAAACACAUUUCUUUAGUCUUAAGGAUUGUAGAUUCAAAGUAGAACCUUAUAAAUUAGGGACAGCAAGGGUAGUUGCAUGGAAACAAUUUCAGAUAACUCAUUCAUUUACGCUUGAAACUAGCUUCUAUGGCUAUGACUUCGGAGAAGAUUCACAUAAAACAUUUGAAUAAAAAGAUUACUAAGAAUUAGGAGUCAAACUAUGCUAAUCAAUUUUCGACCUUCACUUUCUUUGGAAGUCAAUAAGAAAUGAAUUAAAGCUAACUAACGGCUGGCUUAAACCAAGAAAAUUAAUAGAAAUUACUGGAAUUCCUGCUGCAUAGCUGUUAAAUGAAGAAAUGCAAAGAAAAAAGAAAGAAGAUUAAAAGAAAAAAGCCAUAGAAAUUUAUGAAUAAUUCUUGAAAAAAUUCUACAACACUUUCCAGAGUCCAUAAGAUGGGAAGAAAAAAUUGUCUAAAGUGCUUUAAAUCUAGAAUAUGCAUCUUAAAAAUGAAAUACCGAGUAGCAGUCUAAUGAAUCUUCAGCCAAUUACAAAGUAAAUAAAAAAUCCACUUAUUCUUUAACAAUAAAACUCUCAAUCCAAUACAAUUUAAAUUCAAGAAAAGAGUAGAAAUCAAACAAUGAAUGCUACUUACAGUGAAACUUUUUCAAUAAAUAAUCUUAACUCUCAAUAGAAAAACCCUAAUAUCCAUUAAAACAGUGUUGAUAACAUUGAUUAUGAUGAUCUUUAUAUUAGACUUAUGGGUUUGGUUAAAAUUCAAGCCUUAAUUAGAGGCUACCUUACUAGGAAGAGAGUUAUUAUCCCAAAGAUAAAGAUUAUAUAAAAAACUUCAAGGAAUGAAAAAUCUAUAUAUGAUUCUCCAUAAAAAGGUAAUAAUGGCUAGAUUAAUGGAGGCUUUCUUAAUUAAUAAUAGAAUAAUCUUGAUGGCAUGAUAGAUAACAUCAAUUGGAGAUAGUAUUUUUAAGUAAAUGAACUUGAAGAAGCAUUUUAAGUAGUAGAGGUAGACUAAAUUGAUGAUCCUAAUGAUGAGUUUUCAGAUGGUAGUAGUUCAAAUCCUUCAGUUGAUAAUUUGGACUUAAAAGAUAUGUAUGAAAAGGUAUACUAGGUUAAAAACACAAAGGAUUAUGAGGAUGAAAGAAAGCAAUAUUGCUUGAAAUUUUAACAGGAAAUUGAAGACUAAGAAUUUAUAGAUUAAUAGAGAAUGCUUGGAAUUAUAGAGGAAACUUUAAACCCAAAAAAGCAUUUAACUUAAUCAUCAAAUCAAAAACUUGCUAAGUAUCCUUUUGUAAAGCAAUCAAGUACAAUAAGAUAACCGAUAAAAAACUAAAAGCAAUCAAUUAUAGAAUAGAAAAUGGCUUAUCAAAUGAGUAUUGUAAGCACUAACUAAAUUGGAGAAGUUCAAACUCCAGAAAAAAUGCAGAAUAGAAACUAUAACAUCAAUCAAAAUUAAGAAAUAAAUGCUAAUCCUUAAACAAAAAACUCUCGAAAAAGCCCUUAUCAACCUUAAUUCUAUAAUGCCGGGAUAAACAUUGAUCAGCAAAUUUUGAAGAAGUCUAAUACAUAGAGUCCUAUUCAAAGAGAUGAAAUUAUCAAUUACCCUUUGACUACACAUUCCAUAUUUGAAUAGAAAAAUUCAGCUUCAAAACAUUCCUAAUAGCAUCAUUAACAUUAGCACAACUACAUAUAAUAAACAAGCAGUAACUAAGUAUAAUAACGGCAGUCUAUAUAAUAAUACCCGUAGAGCAUAGCCUAGAUAUCAACUCAACAACUAAAAAUUUUCUAAGCAUAGUAGUUAAGUUAGCAUGGACGAAAAGAAAAUAUUUCGUAAGUCAUCAAAGAUUGUUUUAUCACUAAGUAAAUUGUGAAUUAAAAUCACCAAAGUAGCACAAAUAAUGGUAACUCAAAUGACAAUGAUUAGUAAUCUAAUAUGAGAUAAAAAAAGGAAAAAUAAAAAAGUGUCAAAGAUAGUGAGGCAUAAAAGUAUCAGUAGCUAUUAUAAUAAUAAAGAUAAUAAACUUAAAGUAAUUUCAGGUAAAUUUAGCAAAAGCCUAUCCAUUAAACAUAAAAUAAUCUGAGCAAUGAGUUGCAGAAUUAGCAACAAUAAAUUUAGCAAUAAAGAUUAAACUUAGCAUCUUAGCCCUAAUAUAAUACAUAACAGAUUAAAUUUGUCCACAGUUAAGUAAAAAAAGGCAAAUCUACUAUAGCUAAUGAUAAUAGCAAUAAUUCUAAAAAGAUAAUUAACAAAUCACCUGUAUUGGGACCAGUUCAGCCCUAAAUAGAUCAAAGAGAUUAAGCUCAACAAUUCUAUAUUAACAACAAUAAUAACCAUACUCAAGUGACAUUUUAAUAAUAGCUAUAACAAUUUUAAAAUCAUUAAACCUCGCAGCAUCAAAAUUAGUAACAGUAAAUAGGACAUAACAAUCCAACUUAAGGAGUUUAGGGAAUCAGCUAAGAGAAAAAAGGGAUGACGUCAAUGCAAGGAUUUGUAUUUCAGUAAUAUAUCAACGGAGAAGCUGAGAAUAUUCAAAAUUUUAUGAAAUAAGAUAUGCCCUUGAUACAAGGAAAUGGUAUCAAUGAAUCAGCCUCUUCCUUAUUUAUGAGAUAUGUUAAGUAAAAAUUAGUUAAAAAAAUCAAAACUGACUAGAUGCCAAUUUAAGUAGCAGAUAAAUAUCUUGACAUUUACAGGGAGUUAAUUGAGAAAGAAGCCUAAAAACGGAAUCAAGAAUCAAUAUUCUAGAGAAAUCUUAACUCGAACAAAAUACAAGGAGGUGCUAGAAACAAAUCAUAGGCAAAAUCAGAGUAAAAAUCUAGAUCUAAGCUCAAAGGUAAUAAAUCUAAUAUCUUGUCAGCAGAAAAAAUUGAUCCAAAUUAGCAGGAAUAGCAAGUACAUUUCAACAGCGUGAUGAGUGGAAGAGCUUCGAGAUAAUUUCAUGAGUAAGAUUAAAAACAGAAUCAUAAAAAGAGUUUGAAUAAAGAUGAAAUUAUUUUUAAGCAACCAGGUGAGCAAUAACUCUUGAGUUAUUAGUCUGUUAGUUAGUCUUAUAAUAAAUAAAAACAAGAAUUAGGAUAUAAUCCAAACCGAUCAACUUAUGUUUAGAGUCAUGUUGAACCAGUUCUAUAUUAAAGCAAUAUUGAAGGUUUUCCUGAUAAUAAUUGGAUCUAUAAUAGUAAUGUAGCUUUAACUGAGCCAGAUUAAUUGAAUGCUUUAAAGCGAGGGCCUAUUCAAACGCAUUAACAAUAAGUAAAUAACUUACCUGCGCAUCAGCAAACUCAUUAAGCUUAAUCGUAAUUAUAGCAUCAUUAAUAAAACGACUAAAAUAUUAAAUUCCCAUCAAUUAAUAAUUUUUCAAGCACCCUAGAGUAUAAAAAGAAAUCGAGGGAAGCUAUCAAAGAAUCAAAGAGUAUAAAGAACCAAUUCAAUACGUCAUAGGGUACAAGUGCAACUUAGCCAUACGAUGCAUAUAGACAAUAAAAUAACUUCAAUGACCUAAACAUUUAAAAUCCAUCACUAGUAGCAAAUAUCUAGCAACCUCUGUAUCAAGAGGUUACACCCUACAAUAUUAAGGAAGACAAGAACUUUUUCAUUAGAAAUUAGAGUUAUGCACCCUCACAAUAAUCAAUUGAAUCAUCUCUUGAUGAUUAGGAUAUGCUAGAUAAAAUAAAGAACAUAUAUCAUGAGAUGAGAAACACAACCAAUAAGAACCUUACAUCAUAUUCAAAGAAUUAAUAUCAAACAAAUAAAAGUACAAGAAUCGGUUCUCUAAGGUAAUAGAGGCUUUUAGUGAACUAAAAUUAAGUUAAAGGCUCAAACUCUGCUUAAACGAAUAAUAAGGAUAAAAAUUUGAUUGGCUAGAUUACUAAUUUAAAACACCAAAAAUAGCUAAUAUAGAGUCAUCAACAAUAGCAAAGUUUGAUUAAUCAAUAGACAAAUUAAAAUCAUCUGAUUCCGGUGAGUCAGUUGAAUUUUAACUCCAAUGAUUCUAGCAGCAACAGCAAUAGCCUUAGCAAUCAGGGUGCGUCAAUAAAUGCAAAUAAAGCAUAGCAAAAGAUUUAACAUUCAGGCUAAUCAUAAAGUUAAACUACUACAACCUCAAUAAACAAUAAGAACUUACUUCAAUAUCAGAAUUAGGGACCAAUUUCAUCGGAUAGAAGAUGA